AUGUCUGCUGACGCAGUGUCUCAGACCUGCAUGCCACCAUUGAACUUGCGUAUCAACCAUAUUCAUGUGACUCAUGGCCAAGCGCUGUACCCGCUCGUCAUGAAGACCAUUCGCUACGCACGAAAGCAAACUGCUUACACGCAAUCGGUAGCAGUCCCAGGAUGA